AUGAAAAAAUAUCUGCGACAUGCUCACUGCGACACGCUGCUGCGGGAGUAUAACCGAGGCAGACUGGUGAAGAGUGAGGCAGAGUUCCUAGUGAAGAGCAGAUUUGACGCCAGCCAAGGAGCAACAGUGUCUGUGAGGGAAUAUGCAGAGCCGGAGUCGAAGCGGAACCAUGUAAAGGGACCAGAAGAUCAAAGAGCCGAGGAAGUACCGGAGGAGAAUCGAAGCUCAGGUUUUAUUCGCUGGGCAAAAGACAACAAGCAAACACAAGUAGCAAACACAUCUCAGUAUAUAUGUGAAUUUCCUUUGCCCAAACAAGGAAGCUUGCUGUUAGACUUUGAUAUCCUGUCCUGUCGGGAUGAUGGCACCUUUUUCUGCUUCAUUUCCAGCACCUGUCUUGUCGUUCUAACUCUUCUUAUUCCCUUCAUCCACCAUUACCUAAGGUGGAAACUUGGCUACACCUUUCACCUCUUCUUGGCCUUUCUCUAUGAUAGCAAGAAAAGGAAGAAGGGAGACUCAUACAGGUUUGAUGCUUUUGUGUCCUACAACAUCAAUGAUGAAGACUGGGUUUAUAGAGAGAUGCUUCCCAUGUUGGAGGAGAAACAGGGCUGGAGACUUUGUCUACACCACAGAGAUUUCCAACCAGGUAAACCCAUCAUAGAAAACAUCACUGACGCCAUUUAUAGUAGCAGGAAGACCAUCUGUGUGAUCAGUCGCAGCUACCUACAAAGUGAAUGGUGCUCCAGGGAGAUCCAGAUGGCAAGGUACAGCUUUCGGCUGUUUGACGAAAAAAGGGAUGUGCUGAUCCUGCUGUUUUUGGAGGAGAUUCCUGGUUAUCUUCUAUCUCCGUAUUUCCGCAUGAGGAAACUGGUAAAGAAACGCACUUACCUGAGCUGGCCACAGGCUGCACACCACCCAGGAGUCUUCUGGCAGAUGGUCCAGAGGGCUCUGCACACAAGGAACGCCCUUACUGAGAACACAAACAGGCUGACCGGACCAACAGGACACUGA